CCUGUCAGGUGCAUGUGACUGGCCCUUUCCUGCCCCGUCUGCUGUCGGACGUAGGAGGGAUUUCAGCUCUGACGCGGCCCUAAACCCUUGCUGGCGUUAUAAUCCCAGCAAUCUGUCCUUGGAGGACGGAGAGAGUGGGGGAAAAGAAGGCCUUGGCAUCGCAAGCCUGACUGCAGGCCCAGCCGGGGCACUAAUUGGGUAUCAUGAGCUGGCCGGCCGAAGAAUGGAAGGUGGGGCUGCCGGUCCAGGCCCUGAGGGCCAUAGCCGAGGUGGAGCAGCGCUUGGAGCGCUUGCAGAAGGAGCGCCAGCAGAAGCAGGUGCAGCUAGACACCCUGGAGGCCAUAAUGCACAAGCAGAGAAAGAAGCACGAAGAAGAGAGAGUCUCGUGGUCCCUCAUUUCUCAGCAGAACCGGAGCCUGGCUGAAGCCCGGGAGCAGACAGAACGAGCUCGCCAGCGUCUAGCCCAGGAGCUGCAAGCCAAAGAAGCCCAGCAGGGCUGCCUUGAAGCUCAGCUAGCUCAGGCGACCCGCCGCCAAGCAGACCUUGAGGAAGAGCUGCGUAGGUGUCAGUUGGAACUUGAAAGGCUGCAUUCAAGGUCCAAGUUGGUUCUUCCGUCUUCCAGCUGGAGCUCCCCGACACCACGUGCUGAAGGUGGUGGAGAGGUCAAAGCAGAGCCCAGCAGAACCCUUGCAGCUGGAACAAGUCAGAUUCAACGCAAUGGCUCCUUGCUUGCAAGUUCCUGGGAGAACGAGACACCCGUGACCCAUUGGCGACAAGAGACCACCUGCCCAGGUGCUCCACCUGGGAGUCCUGUCCCCACAGAGAAUGGCGAAGGGAUGCGGUCAGUGGCAUCAGAACUGGUAUCUUCAGGAGAGUGGCUGAAGAAGGACAAUGAAGAGCUGAGGACCAAGCUUGCCAGAGCAGAGAAGCAGAAUCAAGAGAAGGAAAGGGAACUAUGGAGACUGCGGAAACAGGUGGAAGAGACUCGGGCUGAGCUGGCUCAGUGGAAGAAGCAGCGAAGCAACCAAGCUGAACAGGGCCUGUUGGGGGCGGAAAGGAUGCCCCCUAGUGGCAGCUGCCGUAGCACGAGCUCCUCCCAUUUGGAGUUGCCAGCUGUGAAACGUGGAGCAGCAGUCAAACAGAAAGGAGCGUGUCUCCGGCCCCAGAGCCCUGAGCAGGCUCAGGAAGAAUUGCAGGCCCUUCGAGCAGAGGUUUUGAUGCUCCGGCAGCACCUGGAUGCCUCUGAGAGCCAGUGCAAAUGUCUGCUUGAGACUCGCUGCCAGAACCGGGAGACCCAGGCCUCGGACCAAGCAAAACAGGCACUGUCCUGGGGAGUAUCACAGAAAAAGGGGAUGCCAGAGAUCCAGGGCAACAGCCGUGAUGGGCUGAGGGUGCUAGGCCCAGAUCAAGGAGAGGCCUCAAUAGCAGGAAAGGUUAAGGGGGGCAGAGGAAGGGUUGAGAUGGAAGCCUGGCUGAAGAAGAAGGGAGAUUUGGAACUUCUUGAGGUAGGAGAAACAGGAGUAGGAAUGGCCGUAGUAGAGUCGGGGCAGGCCUCAGGGAAGUUGCCCUCCUUGGCGGAAGAAGAGGACUGCACCACGAUCCACACUUUGCCCAAAGGAGAGGCCAACCAUGAGGGGAAAACUGAGCCAGAGGGAGACAUGGAGGCCCUACAUGAGGAGAUCCGGGCCUUAGCCACAGGGAAAGCCAAAGCAGAGGCCCAAGCCAGCCUGGCUCAGCAGAAACUGCAGAGUCUCCAGGCCACUCUGGGGAAGCAGACGGAGCGGUUGGCUGAAGCCAUGGAGACCCAGAGCCACCACCUGGAGGAGUUGCUGACCAGUGCUGAGGAGAAGGACCAGCUGGUACAAAGUCUAAACCGGGAGCUGGAAGAGACCAAGAAGGCGUUUGGUGCGGCCAGUGCAGAGAACCAGCAGCUGAGGGCACUGCUCAGGAAACAGCAUGGAGCCAAACCUGCUAAAGUCUCAGAUACACCUAGAGGCAGCAACACGAGAGAGGCUCCUGGGGAAGAAUUGCAGGACCAGACGCAGGAAGGCCAAGAAAUCAGGGACCUACAGGAAGAAUUGGCACGUCAAGAGGCCUGGCGAUGGGGAAAAGGAGAUGGCGGCACCAUAGCUGCCCCUGAAUCAGUGCAUUUAGGUGGCCUCGGUCAAGCAGAAACUGUGGAUGUACUUCAGGCUGCCCAGAAGAGGGAGCGCUGGUUGCAGGGGAGUCGCCGGGAUGCUGAGACCCAGACGGAGGGGCCGUACUGUGGACUUCGGCGCCGGGAGCAGAUUUCAGUGGCUUUUGAUGACACCCAGUAUGAACCCUACGGGCUGCCUGAAGUAGUCAUGAAGGGAUUUGCUGACAUUCCCCAGGGCCCUUUGUGCCCUUAUGUGCUCCGGCGAGGCAUUUUGGGAAGUGCUCCUGUUGCCCAGUUGGCCCCAAGAGCAGAGCCAGAAGAUGAUUCCCCUGAGGGGGAGGAAGGGACUGGAGUUUGAAGACAGCCAUCCAGACUCGUCAGCUCUGCAUUGUGCCAGCCUGGUACCUGGACAUUCACAUCUGCAACAAUAUUUCUUCACUGGCUGCCACAGAUCAGCGGUUACUGCAGACCUCUGCUUCUUCACCUCCUGCACUACCUUUGUCAUCUGGAAGGAGACAGACAAGAUUCCUUGGCCACCGUCCCAUAAACUGGCGGCAACUCAUGGUUCUGCAGGAUUUAUAACUUCCUAAAAGGUGCUAGAAGCAUUCUGAGCUGAAAACAACAUUCUGCGCCCCCCCCCCCCAUACACACACCCCAUACCACACCCUUCCUUCCACUGGUCUCCAAGGGAGUCAUUUUAAACAAGUCAGAAGCCUGGGAGACCAUCGGACUGAUAGGGGAAAGGGGGGGGGGCGUUUCCCUUCCCAGGUUUUGCCUGCUGGUCCCUCAUUGGAGGAGUCCAUCUUUCCAUAGUUGCUGUUGCUCCCUGAUGGCCAAUCACAGGCUCUGUAGUGUGAUUUGCUUUUUCUUCUGGUAACCAAUAGCUAAGAAGCUGGAACACAUGGCUCUCUCCACCCCUCUCCCCUACUUUGUUUUUUUGAUGGCAAUAAACAACACAGCCCCCUGGUGAAA